AUAGACUGACCAGCCAUAGGGUGCUGUAGUCACAUGAGUAAGAAGGGCUGGACUAUGUAUCCUUGAUGCUCAACCUGUUGGUGAACUUCAAGAAGCUGAAGUCUGUCGCUCCCUCUGUCUGGGUCACAGAUCAAUAGGGAGGGGAUCCAUUUUGCAGAGCUCCAUCCGUAACAAAAUGUCUGACACAGAAGAAGUCAUGGAGGAUGAAGUUCAGGAGGAAGAAGCGCAAGAGGAGGCAACAGAUGAGUCAAAGCCCAGGCCCAAGUUCAUGACAAAUAUUACCCCCCCAAAGAUUCCCGAUGGUGAAAAAGUGGAUUUUGAUGACAUCCACAGGAAGCGUCAGGAGAAGGAUCUGUCUGAGCUGCAGUCUCUGAUUGAGGCUCACUUCAUCCAGAGGAAGAAGGAGGAAGAGGAACUCAUCGCCCUUGUUAACAGGAUUGAGAAACGUCGCGCAGAGAGAGCAGAGCAGCAAAGAGUCCGGACAGAGAGGGAGAAGGAGAGGCAGGCCAGACUUGCGGAGGAAAAAGAGCGGAAGGAGCAGGAGGAGCAUCGUAAGAAACACGAUGAGGACGCCAAGAAGAAGAAGGCCCUCUCAAACAUGAGCCAGCAGUACAGUGCCGGACAAAAGAGUGACAACAGAAGAGGAGCUAAAAAACAAACUGAGAGGGAGAAGAAGAAGAAGAUCCUGGCCGACCGCAGGAAGCCUCUCAAUGUGGACCACAUGAACGAGGAUAAACUGAAGGAGAAGGCCAGCGAGCUGUGGCAAUGGCUGAUGGGGCUGGAGGCUGAGAAGUUUGAUCUCAGUGAGAAGCUCAAAAGACAGAAGUAUGAUAUUAACCAGCUUCUUGCCCGAGUCCAGGACCACCAGAGCGCCAAAGGUCGUGGCAAGGGCAAGAUGGGCGGCCGGCUGAGGUAAAGGAACAACAGCCGGACAAGGACGAGGCAGACUGCGACAAUCGUACCGCAGAGUCUGUUAUGUGUGUGCUCAUUGUUCUGUUGUGUUGGGUUACAUGUUAGUUAUCAUAAUAAAAGAAUCAAAACAAUAAAUAUGCCACUACAUCCA